AAUAUCUACAAAAAACCAUCAAUGAUCAAGAAUCCCCAAAAAAUCAAUAGAAAAUAUAGCAAAUUUGAGCAUACUUGGUCCAAAAGACAAAUUUUAACCAAACCAAACGUGAGAAUUGUCCACCAUUUAUUUAUUUUUUAAAUGUAACACCCAACAGAAUUAAAUGUAACCCGAUUAAAAAAGAACUGAUUGAAUGAAGUGUAUUGUAAAGUAAAUUUAAACAUCACGAAUUUAUGUGAUUAAGUUUGUGACCGGCUUCUACACAAUGGAACACACUUUUUGUCAAAAAAUGCCUUUGUCAUGGAAUUUUCGAAUUCUUCCCAUAUGAUCUUUACAGCUGGAGAAAUGUAUGACCAUAUUUGGCGGUUUUUCAACACAAUUGUAUACAGUUUCCUUAAAUAUGGACAUAAUUUCUUUGUGUGUAAAAGCCAUAUAAUGCACACGAUUUCUGUCAUAAUGCAUCCUUCACCCAUAUUCUUGCCCACACAUUUCACUAAUGUAGUCUAAUUGUAAAUAACAUUGAAGAAUUUUAAUUUUAACCAUUUUUAAAAAAAAAAAAAAUUUUCGGUGUCAGUCCAUUGGAUGGUGAACGUCAGAGUGAAGAAUUGUAAAAAAGUUCAAGUGCAGUGCAGCAGCCAGGGGGGGGGGGGUGACAUUGGCUCUGAAAAAUGCGACCGGUUUUAGUGUAAUUUUUUCCCUGUUUUCGUACAUAUUUCACGAGAUAUCUCCAAAACCACGUAGGUUGCCAAUUUACGGUUUUCGGUUGCCUCUUCGUAAUUAAAUUUGGUUUUUAUUUUGUAUUAUUAUUUUUUGCUAGUUCAUUCUACAAUGACAGAAAACAGCUAAUAAACUCAAAAGUUUUUUUGGCUCGUUAGAAACAUAUGGGAAACAUAGGAAAUGUCAUGCCCCUGGCAGCAGCAGAUUUUCCCACCUGUACGUGAUUUUUCCUCCAUAUUCGAAACCUGAUUAAGAGGACAUCCAUCCUCGAAACGUUUUGAAGAAUUAAAGAAAAAAAGUCAAGAAAGGUCUAUUUUUCCGUUCACUAUCUGCUUUAAUUUUAACCUUCACUCUGACCUUUGUUAGAAAUUUUUGUCUAAAAAGGGCAUUGUCAAGUCAAGAUUUUUGUAUGUAGAAGCAAUAUAUUUCAAAAUGUUUCAUUUUAACGAUAAUUUUUUUCACAUAUGUGGAGCUCAGAGGAAAAACGGCACAUAUUCUAAGGCUAAAGCAUAGGAUGAUAUGUGCCAUUUUCGCUCUCUCCUCCACGUGUAUUAUAGAGGUCUUUAUAAUAACUUAUAAUACUAAACUCUUAAGGAUUUCUGUAUGUAUAUAGUAUUCUUUAUGUAUGUGAGCAAAAUACAAGGAAGACCGAAAUUUUUACCAUUUUUAUGUAAAAUUCCGUAUCAAAAUGGCCUCCACGUUUGCUCUGGUCUCUGAUGUUUACUGAAAGGGUUAAAUGGGUUAAAUGAUAAAUCCAUUGAUAGAUUAAUCAUAAUUUAUUAAAUUAUUCCGUUGUUUUAUUUACAAUCAUUUUUUUUAAAAUAUUAUUGAAGCAUACAGAAAAUGCUAUAAAAUUAAAAGCAAUAUCGGCUCGGCUAAGAAAAUUUUCAGCCGCCAGCCGUUAUCCAGCAUUGUCAACAAUCCAUGCGCCUUAAAAAACAUUGAGACUCACAGUCCCAGUUUGUUUACAAUUUUCAGUUUGUGAACACGUGUUUUCUUUCGUAAGGUAUUUUCUCUGCUUUUGCACUAUAAAAUCAAAAUGGGAAAAGUUAAAAAGGAAGCUGAUGUGACAGAGAAUCCAGAGGAAGUGGUUAUUAAAAAGGAAGACACGGAAAGUUAUGAAGAAAAGCUGGCUUACGUGACACCAAUUGCCAAGCCCAUGGCAUCUAAGAAAUUGGCUAAAAAGUGCUUCAAAUUGAUCAAGAAGGCCACAAAGCAGAAAACCUAUCUGAGAAAUGGACUGAAGGAUGUGCAGAAGCGUCUCAGGAAGGGAGAAACCGGGCUUGUUAUCUUCGCAGGGGAUGUUCGUCCCAUUGAUAUGAUUUGUCAUCUACCGGCUGUGUGCGAAGAGAAGAGCAUUCCGUACGUUUAUGUGCCCAGCAAAUCAGAUUUGGGGAAUGCUCUGGGAGUAAAGAGGGCAUCUGUCACAGUUUUGGUCAGAGAACAUCCAGAAUACAAAGAACUCUUCGAUGAAUGUUCAAAUGAAUUGGUCCAUCUCCCUGUUCCAUCGUAAAAAGUAUAAUUGCAAUAAAAUUAAGUUGAAAAUG